AUGUAAGCUAUGUAAUCACCAAUUAAAACUCAGAUAGAAAUUAAAAAAAUUCUCUAAACUUAAAGCAAGCUUUCAAUAAGAAAUAUUAGUCUAAUCAAUUAAAUUGAUGAAAUAUCAGCUAACAUAAUAUAUGGUAAAAAAAAAUCUAAGAAGGAUGAGUAUUAAAGUGCAAUUCAGUUCGACUCCAGAAUAUAAUUGCUAAAUCAGACUUCUCGUAAAUGCUAUGCACUAAAAAGAGAUUUCUUCGAAUUUCUAUGCCAAAGCUCAAUAGAUAUUUAAUAGCUGUUUGAUAAGGGAUAUAAUCUUUAUCAAUAAAUGAAAAAUGUUGAAUAUGAGAUAUUUAGGCUAAUGGCCAUCAAUUCACUUAGCAAAAGACUAAAUGAAGUUGCUUCGUUAUUUAUGUCUGUUUUUGAUUUGAGAAGAAAGGAAAUGAGAAAAAAAAAUAUCAUUUCCAAAAGACAUCUUUUAAAUUCAUAUGCACACUCAUCCUCUGUUAAAUAGGAGCUUUCAAUUGAUUUAUUUUCAACAAGAAACAGUUGUGUAAUUAAUAUGAGUCUCUUAAAUAAAUUAGGCUAAAUUAAGGAAUGCACUAAAAGCGUUUAAUAUAUGUUUAUGAUUCCUUAAAAGGAAUUAGUAGGAUGUAAUGUUAAUAUUCUAAUGCCUUCUUGUAUAGCAGAACAUCAUGACUCUAUCCUGUUAAAUUAUAUUCAAAAUGAAAAUCUACGUGAUGUGCAAAAUGAAAAGAAAUAUCUAUUUUUAGGAUAAGAUAAGCUAGGAUAGAUUAUUCCUUUAAAAACUCAAAUGCAGUUAUAUGUUAAGCCUGACGAUUUUUGUGUAGUAGCUUUUCUCUGUAAGGUUAGCUCAACCAAUCAAUACAUCUUAUUUUAGAGAGUUUAAAAAUAAAAAAGCUGGUAAAUUUCAAAUAUCUCUAAAGGUCUUAACUCCAUUUUUAUGCCAUUAUUUGAACAAUCACAAACAUCUAAAAGUAAUUUAAAGAAUCUCUGUUUAGAAAAAAUGAUCCCUUUAAUCACAGCAUUCAAAGAAUUUAAUUAAAAAGAAGAGACACUUGAAAAUAUUUGGAAUAAAGAACAGACAACUUUACUUUUUCAUCCAAAAAAUUAACACUAAUUUAAUUAUUUGACUAAGAAUAAGCUAAAAGACUAAUAUUAUGAUUCUGAAUCAUUCAAUAAAUUAGUAUUAGCUUUGAUUGGCGAUAAUUUUGGUUUUGUUGAGAUAAAAUUUAAAAUUUAGCAAUUUUACAAAGAAAUUCACUACAUAGAAAUAUCUUCAAUUAGAUAUAUAAAAAGAUAAGCAGAUAAAAAUGAGUCUAUCAUUAUUUUAGCAAAUUAGCUUAGUUUAUAUAACAAUAGCCAUAAAUUAGAGGUGAAUUUAAAUGAACUGAGAAGAAUUAUAGAUAAUAUAAAAUAAUAACAAAGCCUUUUAGAUAUUCCAGAAGGUCUAAAUAUGUAAAAAAUUUCUUCUCAGUUUAUGAAUCCUUAAGGAAGUCUAAUUAAAAGUGAAAUUAAUUUAGGCAAUCUAAUUGUUGAUACCUAUAAUGAUAGUCUCAAAACAGAAGAUUAAAAUAAUCAAAUUUAUUUAGAUAAUGAAUUUAAAAAUAGUAAAAAUUUUAAUAAUACAGCAAGUAAGGAAAUGUACAUAAUAGAAGAAGAUCAACAAGAAAGCCACGUUAAUCAUAAAUCAAGCUAUAUACAUAAUAAUUUUGAUCCUAACUACUCUUUCAAAAGAGAAAAUAAUAGAGUUAACCAUGAAUUAGACGACAUUAAGUAGCAUGAAGACCAGGAAGAAAAUUAAGAAAAUGAAUAUUAUAACGAUCAAUACGAUUAAUAGUACUUAUAAUUAGAAACAACAAAUAGGAAGAAUAAUAUCACUAAUAGAGAACUGCUUUAGCAAAGCGAAACAAAUAGAGAAUUUAAAAUUUAAAUAUAACAAUAAGCUAAAGUUUAAAAAUAAAACUAACUUGAUAUAUCACUUGGAGGAGCUUCAUAAAAUGGAAAUAACUCUUUUAUAAAUUAAUUUGAUGAUAACAAAGACGCUCAAAGAUAAGUAAAAUAUGAAGAAGUUACAAUAGAGCAUAAUAAAAGUAUGAUGGAUAUUUCAUCAAUAAAUUUAAUGAAAUAGCAUGAAGAUUCACAUAACCAAAGCUAGAUAAAAGAUUUUAGUCAUUAAGACAGAAACAUCAACUUGAAUUAAUAAAAAGAUGUGCCUUCAAAUUUUUCAAAAAAUGAUCAAGUUUUGAAGAAAAAUGAUUUGACUAGCAGAUCAACAACAUUCAAUUCUUAAAUUAAUUUACAAGGAAAUAAUUCAAGCUAAAAUAUUGAAAUUAACUAGUAAGUGCUGAAAUCUUCUUUAAACUCUAAAAUAAACUCAAAAAGUAGCUAUGUUGAUCACUCUUCUUAAGGAAAAAAUAAGCAAUUUGUUAAAUAAAAUGUAGAUAAUAACCAUUUAAAUGAAGAAGAUGAAGACUAACAAGAUGAAAGAGAGUUAACUGAGAAACUUUAGAGCGAGAGAGAAGCUUCUUAAAAGGCAAGUUCCAUCACAAACAACUUCAAUAUAAAUCAAGGAUAUGAAAACAUUAAUGCUGAAGCUCUAGUUGAUUAAUCUAAUAGCUCUAAAACAAGAACUGAGUUAUCCUCAACAAAGAGAAGGAUUGCAUAUAUAAUUACAAAUAAAAAGUAAAACAUCCUAAUCAAAAGUAUUAAUUACUUUGGUUAUGUAGCAUUAAUUCUUCUUUCAUUUAUAACACUAUUUGUGUAUUUUACUCUACAAUAAAAUCUAGAUACUAUGAUACAAAACCUACAGUAAAUUACAACAGGUACUGAUUUAAUGUAUACCUCGUCUUUUGUUUUAGUAAACUAUGAAGCUAUAAGAUCAAAUAAUUACGGUGCGUAUAACCAUGAUUUUGAUGGAGAAUUUAAAUAGCAUUUUAUAGAUUCAUAUAUUUAAUCUACUCAUGAUUUCAGAGACAAAGUUUAAAACUUGACUGUAUUACCUAAUAAAUUUUAAUUUGUUUAAUAUGUAAAUAAUAAUAAAAUUAACAUAAAAUUAACUGAUGCUGAUGGAAGUGUAAGCAAUACUUAAGAACAAAAUAUUAUCUACGCUAUAUGCAAUUUUUAUUCUUAUUUAGUUUAGUAUAUUACUAUUGAUAGCUUGCAGAUAAGAGGAUAUAUUUUUAAUAAUUACUUGCAGUAUCAGGAUGUUUAUUAGACGAUAAGAGAUAUAACAUUGUCUGAAGCUUAAUCAAGCAAUGAUAGCAUUUAAAAUAUUUUAGUAUGGACAUUUAUAUUGAUUGAAGUUGUAUCUGCUAUUAAUAUUUUUAUGAUAUUGCCAAUUUAUUACAAAGUUUAAUGCAACAGGGAAGAAAUUUUGAGAUUAUUUGUCACUUUUCCAAAAGAAAAAUUAUAAAGUAUGGUAAACUAUAUGAAUAAAAUUGUAAAUUCUAGGUUUUAUAAAUCUCAUAGUAGUGGAGGGAACUUAUCAUCUGGAAGAUUAAGUUCAAACAACGGCGUUUUUAAAGAAAAUAUAUUCAAGAGUAGCCAUAUUAAAUGGAAAAACAAAGUAAUCUCCAAUACAACAACUCUCAAAAAAUUUAAUUCUGGAAUAUUUGGUUUAUGUUUUGUUACUCUUAUUCUAAUAUCAAUUUAUCCUACUAUUAAUUACAGCGUUUUACAUCCUUAUUUAGAUUAGUUUAAAAUAUUCUUUGAAGAAUUCCUUACUCUUUAGAAAGUAAAAAGCUAAAUAUGCUUUACGUAUGCAAUUGCUGUCACCAGAGUAACUACUGGAAUUGAGGAUUAAGAUUAAUUCAAUAGUUUACUUGAUAACUAUUAUAAAAAUAAUUUGUUAGCUUAAAAUGAAUAGAUACUUUAAGAUCUUAAUUAAAUACCUAAAAAUUUUGAAAAAAUAAAUAGGUAUCAUAAUGAUUAGUAAAAAUAAAUAUUAUUAACUCCUCUUGAAAGUAAUUUAUGUGAAUUUAUGAGAGAUUUUUAAAAAACCUCUCUAUUUAGUAAAGAUAUAGCUGAUGUACCUGACGAAUUUUAAUUUUGUGAUGAUGUUUUUGGUGGAUUACUUACCAAAGGUAUGAUUCUAGCUGCUAAGUAAACAUUAAAUGUGUUAUACGAUCUAAUAACAGCAGCAUCUACAGAUAAAGCAUAAUAAGCCAUUCCUCACAUCUAGCAAUGGGAUUAAAUAAAUCCAUUACCAUAUUUUGAUAGGAUGGAUGAUAUUGAUCUAUAAUUUAUAGAUAUUAUAAGUAGCUAUUUGAUGGUUUAAUAUAAUUAGCUAUUCGAUCUUUUUCAUUUAGUAUAGAAUCUCCUUUUAGGAUACUCAUUGACUAUUUUAUUAAGUGCCUUUUUAUUUGGUUGGAGAUAUUUUAUUUAGUAUUCAAAUUAACAAAUUGUUUAGACAAAGAUAAUACUGUCUGUACUAAAUAUUGAUCAUAUAGUUGAUAAUUCUUAUAUUUUUUCUUAUUUUAAAAAGCAAUUUGGUUAAUCUUAAUGA